AUGGAUGCUCUUCGCUACUUUGCUUUCCUUCUGUUCCUGCCAUCAUCCUCUCUGGCUGUUCAGCCAUCGGCUCCAGAUCCCAUCCCUGCACCUAUCCGCGACCUCAAAUGGGGUCAGCUCAACUUCUUGCAUACUACAGAUACUCAUGGAUGGUUGGCUGGUCACUUACAGGAGGCUUCCUAUGGAGCUGAUUGGGGAGACUACGUCUCCUUCACAACCCGGAUGCGGGAAAAGGCACACGCAGAGGGAACUGAUUUACUAGUUAUUGAUACGGGCGAUAGAGUUGAGGGAAAUGGGCUAUAUGAUUCAUCGGAGCCCAAGGGGGUCUACGUCUCCGAUAUUUUACGUCAACAGCAUAUUGAUCUAAUGUCCUCUGGAAAUCAUGAGCUAUACAAGCAAAACAGUUCUGAAACUGAGUUCUACACGACUGUACCCAACUUUCGCGGAAACUACCUAGCGUCUAAUAUCGACAUUCUCCAUCCUAGCACCAAAGAGUUGGUCCCAUUAGCUCCUCGAUUCAAGAAGUUUACCACAGAGAUGCAAGGUAUUCGUAUCAUCGCCUUCGGUUUUCUCUUUGACUUCACCAAGAACUAUAACAAUACGAUUGUCUAUACAGUGGAGGAUACCAUUAAAACCAGCUGGUUUCAGGAAGCCAUUCGAGACGCAGAGGUAGAUCUUUUCCUGGUGAUCGGUCACGUUCCAGUUCAUUCAAAAGAGUUCUCGGCCGUUUUCAAAGAGAUUAGGAAGAUUCGGUGGGAUGUACCCAUACAAUUCUUUGGCGGUCAUUUCCACAUUCGCGACUAUGCUCGUUAUGAUUCCAGAGCUUAUGCUCUAGCCAGUGGUCGCUUCAUGGAAACUAUUGGUUUCAUGUCAAUCGACGGCUUGUCCACCAGCAAGAACCGGAUAAAACCUGCAAUGACAUCUCCCAAAUUCUUCCGACGCUAUAUUGACAAUAAUCUUUUCUCGUUCCAGCACCACACCGGCCUUGAUCGGGAGUCAUUCCCCACAGAGCAUGGUCGAAAUGUGUCUCUUCUUAUUCAGGAGUCCAGAACCGCUCUCUACUUGGAUAAGAUCCAUGGAUGCGCACCUCGAGACCUCUGGAUGAGCAGAGUCAAAUAUCCUUCCGAGGACAGUGUUUAUACAUGGCUUGAGAAGGAGGUUCUCCCGGAUCAAGUACGAGACCAGUCCCGUACCGGAAAAUCAGCGCUGGUCGUUGUCAACACCGGAGCCAUCCGCUUUGAUAUUUUCAAGGGCCCUUUUACGCAAGACACGACGUUUAUUGUCUCUCCUUUUACCAGCGGAUUCCGCUACAUUAAGGAUAUCCCUUACGACAAAGCGCAGUCGGUUGUGGAAGUUCUCAACAAACAGCCACAGAUUCUAACUGGGCUUAUGGGCCAGUCGAGUAAUCUUCCAUGGACUCUUGCGCCUCCGGAGCAAUCAGCAUUUACACGCGAUAGAGCUAUCAAAGCCAAUGCCAUGCCUGCUCGCUUUCUUACUGAUCAAACCAGAUUUCCCCUCAGCGCCCUUUCUCAAUAUGAAGUCUUCCCUGGCUACACCACAUUGGAUGAUGGGGGUCUAGAUGGUGACGACACAGUUCAUUCACCAAUCUCAUUUUAUCGCGUUCCUAACUGCAUACAAGCUCUUAUCCCUCCAGAGGCUUCUACUCAUCCGAAAACAGUCGAUCUUGUGUAUAUUGAUUUCAUUGAACCCUAUGUGGCUCUGGCAGCCAAAUUCGCAAGCCUCGAUGUUGAUUUCUCACAAGAUAGUGACGUUUACAUGCCAUCAAGCACUCUGACUAAUUUGAUUCUGGACUGGGUUAAGGACAAUUGGAAAUGUGAAGAUGCAUAA